AUAAAUACAAUUAGGCCUUAGCUUAAUUACUCUCACCGGAGAAUAAAUAUUCUGCUUAGCUACUAAGAAAACACACGCAUAAACGCUCGGCACCAAACAAAGGAGGAGGAGGAAGGACGACGACGACCUCCACUCCAAAAGCUAAAGCAGACGCCGACCAUUAUAACCACCCAAAUUCAUCGCAAAAGAAACACCCGACCCCGACCAAACAAGAAGAGGAGAGGAGAAAAGAGAAGAGAAGAGAAGAGAAGCAUACAAUCCAGUGCACAAGAACAACCCCCGCACACAGCUGCGAGAAAAAGUUUGUUAAGUUUGUGCCGUCUGUGAAGAAGAGGAAGAAGAGAUCGAGCAGCAUGGCACGGCGGCCACAGCCGUGCAACCUGCUGCUGAUGCUCGUGCUCGUCGUCGUCGCGACGGUGGUUGUUGCCUACGACAACUGCGGGAACCCGUGCGGCAACCCCUGCGGCGUGCCGUGCGUGUACGCCAGCCCGCCGCCUCCGUCGCUGCCGCCGCCGGUGCACUACCCGCCGCCGCCGCCCGUGUACUCCCCUCCGCCGCCGGAGUACUACCCGCCGCCGCCGACGCCCACAACGCCGACAUCCAACUGCCCGCCCCCGCCGUCCGGAGGAGGCUACGAGCCGACACCGGGGUACACCCCGACGCCGUACACGCCCACGCCAGGGUACAACCCGACGCCGUCUGGGUGGUUCACGCCGCCCAACCUGCCGGCGUACAACAGCCCGCCGGGGACGCUCUACCCGCAGGACCCCGGGUUCAGGCCGAACGACGCGGCCGCCCGCGGCGCGGACUGGCGCGCGGUGCUCUUCGCGGCGUCGGUGGUGGCCGGAGUCUUGGCCUUGUGAUGGUAACUGCACCGAUCGAUGUCGGAGCCAUGGUAAUCAAGUGCAUGUCGUUUUAAUUCUGUUCCGUGUUAAUUAAUAAUAAUAAUAAUAGAGAAGGAAAUUGGUAAGAUUUUUUUUGGUAAUUCUUAUUUUGUCGGUAAAUUUAAUUGUUAUUGUCAUGUAUGUAUGUUGAUCCAUCUGUUUUUUUUUAUAUCAUAGGAAACGUGUUCAUCAGACUAUAUGAUACAUAUAUAUGUCUCUGAUCAAACUUAAAUAACACAUGUUUUAUGUUCGAAUUACCAUUGAUUU